GAGGAGCCGCGCAGACACCGCCGCCCGUCCGUCCCGCCCCGCCCCGCCUGCCCGCCCCGUCCCGCACCGGGCCGCGGGCGCCCCGCUCCGCCGCAGCCGCCGGGCCCGCCGCCCCGGCCCCGGCCCCGCCAUGAACGGCCUGUCCCUCAGCGAGCUCUGCUGCCUCUUCUGCUGCCCGCCCUGCCCGAGCCGCAUCGCCGCCAAGCUCGCCUUCCUGCCGCCCGAGCCCACCUACGUGGCGGUGGCCGACGAGUCGGGCAGCUGCUGGACGCUGCGCUUCACCGAGCGGGCCGAGUGGCAGUACGGCCAGAGGGAGCUCGACUGCACCGACAUCUUCCUCACCCGCACCAGCCGGGGCAACAGGAUCGCCUGCAUGUUCAUCCGGUGCUCCCCCACUGCCAGGUUCACCCUUCUCUUCUCCCAUGGCAAUGCAGUGGAUUUGGGUCAGAUGAGCAGUUUCUACAUCGGUCUAGGCACCAGAAUCAACUGUAACAUCUUCUCCUAUGACUACUCAGGGUAUGGAGUCAGCAAUGGAAAACCUUCUGAGAAGAAUCUGUAUGCGGACAUUGAUGCCGCAUGGCAGGCAUUGAGGACCAGAUAUGGCAUUAGUCCCGAAAACAUUAUAUUGUACGGGCAGAGUAUUGGUACUGUUCCGACCGUAGACUUGGCUUCCCGGUAUGAGUGUGCUGCCGUUAUUCUGCAUUCUCCUCUGACCUCAGGAAUGCGGGUGGCGUUCCCAGACACAAAGAAAACAUACUGCUUUGAUGCAUUCCCUAACAUCGAUAAAAUCUCCAAAAUCUCAUCUCCUGUGUUGAUCAUCCACGGCACUGAGGAUGAGGUGAUCGACUUCUCUCAUGGCCUAGCACUGUAUGAGCGUUGCAUGAAGGCAGUGGAGCCACUGUGGGUGGAAGGGGCUGGUCACAAUGACAUUGAACUAUACAGCCAGUACCUGGAACGCCUCCGAAAGUUUAUCUCCUAUGAACUGGUCAAUGUGCAACGGAAUUGAAUGUAACCAAGAACAAACAUUUUGGAAAGUCUAUUUUUUCAGGAGAACUUUGGAUAGUAUCGGAAACACAAACACAACCAUGAUUUUUUUUUAAAUUCACAUUGGGUGCUAGUGCAGGUAAAGCAUAGAAAACAAAUGUGAUGCAACAAUUAGUCUUGAGAAUUUUACUAAUUAUUUACAACCAUAGUAAAUUGUUACUUUUCUAUUUGUAAGGAGUUGUAGGGAUGAAGCAAGAGUAAAGAUGAAUGUGUCCCUUUUAAGAUUAGGCCCUUUGAUGCAAUCUGUUUGGUCAUUUUGGCUAAAGAAGAGAACUAUAGUGUAUGUUGAACAGUUUUGACUCUUCACAUUACAGCAAGUCAUUUUAAGGUGGGGAUGAUCUCAUAAAGAAACAGAGGGGUUGUUUUCUCAAAAACACAUUAGCCAAAAAGACCAUGUUAACUGAACUGCAAGAUUCUGCUCUUAAGAGGCGAGUCCACUCUACUAUUUUCUCAUCCCUUUAAUAUUGAGAAUGUUUAUCUGUCAUAUUGAUAUCAGCUUGUGAUGUAUCAUAGCCCCUCCCAUACUCUGACAUAAACUGCCAUCUCUUAGCUCCAUUUAAACAUACUAAGGAGUAGGGAGGAUUUUGGAACUUGACAGGAUACAUCAAGUUGUUUUGGUAGCGUGAGUUAGAAAUGGUGGGGCUAAGCAUCAUAGAAUAAGAUUAGUACUGGUAAAAAAAAGGCAACCCAAGACUGAUUAAGGAAAUCAUGAGUGUGGAGGAACCAGCCUGAAUAGAAUCUGCCAGAUCAAGGGGGGGGGGGUGGGGGGGGGGGCGGAGAAAGAAAAAAUCAACAUUCACUGAAAUUUAUGUAAUAAACUUGGUUCGGUUUAAGGCUGUGAACGUUCAGUUAGCUUCACAGCUCUGUAUACCAAAGUGUUCACGCAUUAUUACUUCUGCCAUUCCUGUAGCCAAAGGUUAGGAUUAUUCAGUGUCAAAUGGGAUGCAUUUUCAAUAUCUGGUGCAGCUGAAUCUGACCACAUUGCAAACCAUUGGUGCUUUCCGCAGCACAGAUCUUGUACUUUGAGAAAGCUGGGGGCACUGAGAAGUCCGUCAACUGAUUGGUAGCAACUUGGUAGCUCCAUUAAAGUUUAAGUGUCGAUGCUUGUGGCCUCCAUUUCCUAUUGCAAGCUUUUUAAAGCAAUCAAUAUUAAAUGGUUUCUGAGAUCCAAUUAUAUGAAACUUCCCUUGAUGGUUCAGCGGGUAAAUGUACUGCACAGUUUCAAACUGAGCCUUGCAGACCAGGAGGUUCCUGGAUCUGAGCAUGUGCUGAGUUAGCUGAUCUCAGCUGAAACGAGGUAGAGAAAUCUGAAACCUCAAUUCCUGGGUGGGGAAGAAAGGGGGAAAAUCAGCUAGGGCUUCCACUCCUGAUUGCUUUCCAAUGACUUCUGCUAGAUAUUGUGCAAACCUGUGGGUGUUAGGUGAGGAUAGGAUCAAGCAUGGCUCUGACUUCCAACCCACCUUCUCCCUUUACCCCCUGCCCCAACAUGGUCAGCACUUGCACCCAUGAGGUGAGGGCAGCCAUUGCAUGUGGAACUGUGACCCAGCAUGAGUCGGGCGCUUUCAGGAGAGGAAAGGACAAAACUGGAGAGACGAAGGAACAACAGUCCAUCUCGUACUUGCUAACACUCGGCAAGAUUGAAUCCAAUAAGUUAUCUUGCAAGAUCGCCUGGAUAAUAGACAUGACUGUAAUAUAAUGAACAGAAUGAUUAUCUAUAAGUGUACAGUAAAUCAGUUUUAAAUCUACACUACUGCUUGUUCACAUUAUAUUGAAUGGACUUUUUUUGUAAUUUUUGCAAAUCUGCAAACACUAGAACCGGGAGCAUCUAAACAUAGCUGAUAUUCCACUAAUUUUAUAAAUAUCAGCAAAUAGUAGAACUGAAAAUGGAAUAAGCAGGAUCUUUACCCGGAAUUAUGUGGAGCUCAGCACAACUAGAUUUAAAGGUAGCCCUAUGUAAUCCACAUUCCUAGCCUGUGCUGAGAUUGCAUUGGUGGCUUUUAACUCAUUGGGUUACCGAUGCAAAAAAAACCAACCAACUUUCCUCCUGGUUACUAUCCAUUGACUUUCAGGAAUGUCUGAGUGGAUGACUUUGAUUGAGGGCAGAAGCAGACUCGCUUGUGAUGCCUGCAGAUUUGAAUAGUUUGAUGAAGUUCACCAGCUGGGCUCUCCUAAUGGUCACUUGGCUGAGGUAUCAGAGUUGUGCUUGUGAAACAAAAUUCGAUGCAAGCUAAACAAGGAGAAUAAUUAGGUGGGGAGAGAGGAAAUGUAUCAAAUUUCAGAAUGUGACAGACUAGAAACUGGUGCCUGUGACAUUAUCAAAUAAGCACUUACAGCAUUAGUGGAAUAUUGCUUAAUUGGCUAUUUUAAUUUGGUAUGUUUUAAGCAGGAUAAAACCUUUGUUAAAAUUUGAAGACAGAGCAUCAACAGAUAAAUAGUUUAACCACUUCAUACAUUCUACAAGCUACUUCCUAGGCUGAGUACAUUACAAUCAAUGGGUGUGGGUAGGGUACUAGAUUCACUCCUUCUGGGAUUUGGUGGUGCUCUUUGCAACCUGCAGGUUUAUGUUUGCAGCACCUUCAUAUUAUGAGCAUUAUGGUUAUAAGUUUUGAUAUGCCCAGUAUCAGAAGAUAGAAAUGAUUUAAGUCGAACAUUGGUUCUAAGGUAAAAUGUAUUUUUAAUUAUAAUUCUUAAUGCACAUCUCUAAAUCUUAAUAUUAAACUAGUAGUUAAAAGGUGGUGGAGAAAAAAGGGUGAGAAUUCUGAUGCCUUACUCCCAGUUGACAACUGGGGCUGUAUGUCACAAAAUUGGGCAGUCACAAGUAGAGAGUGUGCAGUUUUGCUGUAUGCUCUCCCAGGAGUGGUACAAUGAAUGUCUCACCCCUAACAUAAUACCUUUUUCAUGUUCAAUACUUAAUAGACAUGCAAAGAUAACAGUGCAAUCAUCAAAGGUGGUAAUGUGGAAGCCAGACAUAGAGUGAAUGUAAAUGUUUACCAUCUGUACUUUUUGUCACCAUCCUUUUCCCUUUGAGGCUGCUGUUGGCAACCUUGCCACUGGAUUGUUCUCUAUUUUGAAGCAAUUAUUGUUUGCAACAACAACAAAGAAAAUUCUUAAUUGCAACUUAUUAAAUGUAUUUAACUGAAAAUUUUAAAACAUUUUGACAAUGUAGUU